AACAGAGGCAGGGGAACAACUGUUAACAAUAACAAUGGGUGAAGCCGAAAUUGAAACUGAAACUGAAGCUGAAGCAGCAGCAACUUCGGUACAAGAGGAAGGAGGAGGGAGAAUAGAGAAUCAUCCAAUCGAGAAAAAAAGCAGAAAAGAAAAGAGGAAAGAAUGGAAGAAGAUGAAGAGGAAGCAGUGGAGGAAGGAGGCAGCGGAGAAGGAGAGGGAGGCGGAAGAGGCCAGGCUCAACGACCCCGAGGAGCAAAAAAGGAUUGCCAGAGAGGAGGAGGAGGAGCGAAAGAGGAGCGAUAUGGCAUUGAAGGAGUUCCGAGAGAGAGAGAGAGCGUGGAUCCAGGCUAUGGAGAUUAAGAGAAAAGCUCAACAAGACGAGGAAGAAGAGGAGAGGCGAAAGAAUGAUCUAAAGGAGGAUGACAACGAAGAACAGCAGCAACAGGUUUGCGAAGAGAUGGAUGAUGAUUGGGAAUAUGUAGAAGAAGGGCCUGCUGAAAUUAUCUGGCAAGGAAAUGAGAUCACUAUUAGGAAAAAGAAAAUUAGGGUUCCAAAAGGAGAAGCAAAUCAAAAGAGUAAAGCUGAGGAUGCUGAUAGGCCUACAUCAAAUCCUCUUCCUCCACAAUCUGAAGCCUUUUCAGACUACCUGAAUGCAUCAUCAGCACAACUGGUGCUAGAGAGUGUUGCCAAAGAAGUACCUAACUUUGGAACUGAACAGGAUAAAGCUCAUUGUCCUUUCCACUUAAAGACUGGAACUUGUCGAUUUGGUCAGCGCUGCAGUAGAGUUCAUUUUUACCCUGAUAAAUCAUGCACACUGCUCAUGAGGAACAUGUACAAUGGUCCUGGCCUUGCAUUGGAGCAAGACGAGGGACUUGAGUAUACAGAUGAAGAGGUUGAACAGUGUUAUGAAGAAUUUUAUGAGGAUGUGCACACAGAGUUCUUAAAAUUUGGGGAAAUUGUAAAUUUUAAGGUGUGUAAAAACGGUUCAUUCCACUUGAGGGGAAAUGUUUACGUGCAAUAUAAGUCACUAGAAUCAGCUGUCCUUGCUUAUGACUCUAUCAAUGGGAGAUACUUUGCUGGCAAACAGGUAAAAUGUGAGUUUGUCAACAUUACCAGAUGGAAGGUUGCCAUUUGUGGAGAAUUUAUGAAGUCAAGAUUGGAGACAUGUUCUCGCGGAACUGCCUGCAAUUUUAUCCACUGUUUCCGGAACCCUGGUGGAGACUAUGAAUGGGCAGAUUGGGACAAACCACCCCCAAGAUAUUGGUUGAAAAAGAUGGCGGCUCUAUUUGGUUAUGCUGUUGAGGCUGAGUUUGAGAUGCAGAUAGAGCUAGAGAAUUCAGGGCAUUCAAGGAACCCUAACCGGAAGGAAAAAUCAGAUGAUGAUAGGCACCGCUCCAGAAGAUCAAAAUCUAGGGAAAGGGGCAAGAACAAUGACAGAAAACAAAGUAAAGGUUUAGAUGGAAGAUGUGAUCGACAAAGCACAAGUUCAAAACUGGAACAAAGCAGUGAGAGAAUCCCUGAUACCACUUCUGAUGCAGGUUAUUCAGAUAGUGACAUAGAUUGCACUAGAGAUACCGAUCAAAUUAGAUGUCAUCAUCGUGCUAAGAAAAGGACAAAAUGGCAGAGUGAUUCACCAGAAUUCAUGGCUGAUAGGAACAGAGAUGAGGACAGAGAACAUCUCCAUUGUCAGACCAAGAAAAGGAGAAGGCAUCGGAGUAAAGGGGAAUAUCGAGAUGACCAUGGAGACAGUCGUGUCCAAACUCAAGAAGAUGAUGGAGAUCGGUUGGAUGGAGACAGAGACAGAGACAGCGAAACACACCACAGCCGAAGCAAAAGCUCAAGUCACCAUAGCAAGAACAAAACUCACGUUGCAGAUUCACAUGUAAAGCACUUGAGUAGAGUCAGUGACGGAGAAAGCCAUCAUCAUAAUAGAUGGAAAAGCUCAGGAAACCUGGACGAAGUCAUUGGACUCGACGAUUGUGGAAAUCCUGUCGAAUGUUCUGAGCGCUCAGAUAAAAAAGAUAUAAAAAGACACAGACAUUCGAGGCACAGGUAUGAGGAGACUGAUUCUUCUGAAGACCGGGAGGUGAAAUAUCAUGCAAGGCAUAGAUCACAUGGUCACAAAAGGCCUGAUGAGAAAAAGCGCGGUAGGGAUACUUAAAUUCUAGCACCCAUGAAUUAGCUAUAGGAUCUAAGCUGCAGUUCUCUGUCUUUGUGCACAAUUGGAAUGAUGUGACAGCUUGCUUAGGAACACAUAGCACAGUGGAAGCAAUGUAGAAAGGGGGCAGAGGGACUUAAAACUAUACUAGAACUGGCAUCCUAUUCAAUAUGUUCUGCUUUUCUCCUUUGACUUGGUUUGUGCAACACCUCAAUUUUACCCUUAGCAACUU